UAUUCUUGAGAGGCGCCCGCCAUCUACCACGAGGCGCUGGCAGAGGGAGACUGGCCGACUGGCCCAGUGGCCCUAUAGAAGAAACGGGAUCCCGCCAGGCCUCCCGGGACCGGGAGCCACGCCACGCAGGCACGCACGCGGAGGGGAGCGCCGGCCGUCCGCGGCGGAUUGGGAUCUCCCUCGCCCGCCCGUCCACUCGAGACUCGACGGCACCCGCCGCAUUUGAGCUGAGCUGAGGAGGCGUGGGGGACGGCGCGGGGAUGUGGCGCCUGCGGAUCGCGGAGGGGGGCGGGGACCCCUGGCUCCGCACGAAGAACGCCCACGUCGGCCGCCAGGUCUGGGAGUUCGACGCCUCCGCCGACCCCGACCCCGCCGUCGACGCCGCGCGCCGCGCCUUCGCCGGCAGCAGGGGCCACCUCAAGCACAGCGCCGACCUCCUCAUGCGCAUCCAGUUCGCCAAAGAAAAUCCUCUUGAGCUUGACCUUCCAGCGAUCAAGCUCGGUGAGCACGAAGACGUAACCGAGGAAGCCGUGUCUACUACUUUGAGAAGGGCAAUCAGCCGUCUUUCUACUCUCCAGGCACAUGAUGGACACUGGCCUGGGGAUUAUGGUGGCCCUAUGUUCCUUAUGCCAGGCUUGAUCAUAACAUUGUAUGUGACUGGAGCACUAAACACUGUCUUGUCAUCAGAACACCAGAAGGAGAUCCGUCGGUAUCUUUAUAAUCAUCAGAAUGAAGAUGGUGGCUGGGGCUUGCACAUUGAGGGUCCAAGCACCAUGUUUGGCUCAGCACUGACCUACGUUACUUUGAGAUUGCUUGGAGAGGGACCAGAUAGUGGAGAUGGAGCAAUGGAGAAAGGCCGAAACUGGAUCUUAGACCAUGGCGGAGCAACAUAUAUAACAUCCUGGGGGAAGUUUUGGCUCUCGGUACUUGGUGUAUUUGAAUGGUCUGGUAACAACCCGGUACCACCAGAAGUAUGGCUACUGCCAUAUCUCCUGCCAUUUCACCCAGGGAGGAUGUGGUGUCAUUGUCGAAUGGUGUAUUUGCCAAUGUGCUACAUCUAUGGGAAGAGGUUUGUUGGUCGAAUCACACCACUCGUGUUGGAAUUAAGAAAGGAACUUUUCAAAGACCCUUACAGCAAGAUUGAUUGGGACAAGGCCCGCAAUCUAUGUGCUAAGGAAGAUCUGUACUAUCCACAUCCAUUUGUUCAAGAUGUCUUAUGGGCCACUCUCCAUAAAUUUGUUGAACCAGUUAUGAUGAGUUGGCCUGGCAGUAAAUUGAGGGAGAAAGCUCUGGAGACAGCCAUGCAACAUGUUCACUAUGAGGAUGAGAACACUCGGUACAUUUGCAUUGGUCCUGUAAACAAGGUAUUAAAUAUGCUUGCUUGCUGGAUUGAAGAUCCAAACUCAGAGGCCUUCAAACUCCACAUCCCACGAGUCUAUGACUACUUGUGGCUUGCUGAAGAUGGCAUGAAGAUGCAGGGUUAUAAUGGUAGCCAACUUUGGGAUACAGCUUUCAUAGUUCAAGCCAUUGUGGCUACCAACCUUACCGAAGAGUUUGGUCCCACCCUUAAACUAGCACACAACUAUAUCAAGAAAUCACAGGUUCUUGACGACUGCCCUGGUGAUCUGAAUGACUGGUACCGCCACACAUCUAAAGGCGCAUGGCCAUUCUCCACCGCGGAUCAUGGUUGGCCUAUAUCUGAUUGCACUGCUGAAGGACUAAAGGCUUCAUUAUUGUUAUCAAAGAUUUCUCCUGAAAUUGUUGGUGGACCGAUAGAAGCUAAUAGAUUUUAUGAUGCUGUCAGUUGUCUGAUGUCUUAUAUGAAUGAUAAUGGUGGUUUUGCGACUUAUGAACUCACAAGAUCCUAUGCCUGGCUGGAGCUGAUCAAUCCUGCUGAGACCUUUGGGGAUAUUGUGAUUGAUUACCCGUAUGUUGAAUGUACAUCAGCAGCAAUCCAGGCCCUGACAUCAUUCAGAAAACUAUACCCUGGGCACCGCAGGAAAGAGGUGGACAGCUGUAUCAGCAAAGCUGCUAAUUUCAUUGAGAGCAUUCAGAAAAGUGACGGUUCAUGGUAUGGCUCUUGGGCUGUUUGUUUCACGUACGGCACUUGGUUUGGUGUGAAGGGACUAAUUGCUGCUGGUAGAACAUUUGAGAGCAGUCCUGCAAUCAGAAAGGCAUGCGGCUUUCUGUUAUCAAAAGAGCUUCCUUCCGGUGGCUGGGGAGAAAGCUAUUUAUCGUCUCAAGACCAGGUUUACACCAAUCUCAAAGGCAACCGAGCUCAUGCAGCGAACACUGGUUGGGCCAUGCUGGCGCUGAUUGAUGCAGGACAGGCCCAGAGAGAUCCCGCGCCUCUACACCGAGCAGCAAAGGUUUUGAUCAACUUGCAGUCAGAGGACGGAGAAUUUCCCCAGCAAGAGAUCAUAGGAGUGUUCAACAAGAACUGCAUGAUCAGUUACUCCCAGUACAGGAACACCUUCCCGAUCUGGGCUCUGGGAGAGUACCGGUGCCGAGUCCUGGGAGCUGGCAAGCGGUAGUGACCCGGCCUGGCCCCGUCAACUUGACUGAAAGGCGCUUUGUUGUCUUGGUGUUCUUGGUGUUCUAUCUUGGCACGCCGAGGGCUGUCUUGCCGGCCGCCUAGCUGUCUCAUGAAUCAAUCAGCUUUUUUGUGAGUAGCUAGCUAUGUGCGGUGGUUGGAAUAAUGCAGCUAUGCUUUUUUUUAGGGUUGCGCUCCUAGUUCUAAUAAUGUACUACGUAUAUUGGAAGCAGAAUAAAUGUUAGAUUGAACUAAUGGUGCCAUUAAAGAUGACAAUAGAACUCUUCCGAAGCAACCAAGUUAUUACAUUGCACAAA